AUGGAAGACCCGCUCGAAGAGGAAGAAGAAGAAGAUAUGGAAAACCUGAUCGAGCCAGGAGAAGCAGAAGAGAUGGCAGAUCCAAUUGAAGUAGGAGAAGAAGAUGACAUACCCAUAUUCUGGGUCGAAAAUGACCAUCUCGACUUCGAGGACACCGAUUCUGAAGACGAGGAAGAGACAGAAGUAAUGAUGAACGAUCCCGAAGCACCCCCAUACGAAUCUGAAGAUGAGAAGAACAGUUGGAUUUGGAGGUCAUCAGGACCAAAAGAAAAAGAGAAGGUCAAUUGUGCCACCUUCAUGCUGCAAGAUGAAACAGAUAGGUGGUGGAAGGGAGUCAAGAGGGCAAUGACCCCUCGGGCCAGGGCGCCCUACAUCACUUGGGAGCGAUUCAAAGAACUCUUCAAUGAGAAGUACUUUCCCUUGAAUUUAAGAAUGAAGAAAGAGAGAGAAUUCAUGGAGCUAAAGCAAACCGAGGACAUGUCUGUCGCCCAGUACAAGGACCCUUUCAGUCGAUUAAUCAGUAUAAGUACUCAGUCCUAUUCAGAAGUGGUGUUGCAAGCCUUUACCACUGAGACUAACCUAAGUCGAAUCGAAGCUAUUCAAGGAGAAAGUCAGCAAGGGAGCAGUCAUAAAGCAGGCAAGAAGCUGGAACUCCAAAGGUCGAAGUUCAAGCCUAGCACUCCGUGCCAAAGAUGCCAGAAGCAACACCAUGGGAAGCCGUGCCGAUUUGGAACAAAAGGUUGUUACAACUGUGGAGAGAUGGGACAUCUCAACCAGAACUGCCCAAAGAGAGGGAUCACUAUUUUAACUGCCAGCAGACUGGUCAUUUUGCAAAGGACUGUCCCAAACCACGGCUGA